AUUACACCUGUUAAACUUGUAACACUGAUUUACAGAUCGGUUAUGAACAGUACAACGGAUGGUAGGUAUAACAUACUACAAGUAGAGUAUUUUUUCCAAUAUUACCUAGUGAGUCAUACAAAAAGUUUUUUCAGACCUACUCAUUGGUUUUCGUUGUUCCAAUACAAUUCACAUUCAUUACUUGCUGACUGAAGUUAAAACAGUAUCGGCAACCAGUUGACAGUUCUUUUCAUGAAAUUGAAAUUCUAUUUUUGUCUUCACACGUUUUGAUAAAGUGUUUACAUUAAUAUUAUGUUUCUGAUAGUUCUAAUCUCAUUCUGCUGCAUAUCACCAUGUUGGUGUGAGAGCUUCGACGGCUGCGUGCAGCCCCCGCUAGAGUGCCCCAACGAGAACAUCACCUACUGGUUGUACACGAGAGACACCCAGAACAACCCGACGGAGCUGCGCGUGAACGACAGCCGCUCGCUCGAGAGUGCCCCCUGGGUGCACGGUGCCCCCAUCAAGGUGCUCAUCCACGGGUACACGGGGCACAAGGACUUCUCGCCCAACAGCGAGAUACGACCAGCUUAUAUGCAGUGCUGUGACUACAACAUCAUCACAGUAGACUACAACCCGAUAGCCCGCGAGCCGUGCUACAUGUACGCCGCUUUCAACACAGACCUGGUCGGCAAAUGCACGGCCCAACUGAUCGACCGACUGGUCCAGAACUACAGUAUAGCCCUGGACAGGUUCCAUGUGAUUGGCUUCAGCCUGGGCGGGCAGGUGGCCGGAUUUGUCGGGUACUAUCUGGAGUCUGGCAAGCUGAGGAGGAUCACUGGCCUAGACCCAGCCCUUCCUCUCUUCGCGACUCGAGACAGCAACCGCAAGCUGGACGCCGGCGACGCGCGCUUCGUGGACGUGCUGCACACCAACUCACUGGAGAAGGGCAAGCUCGAGGCGUGUGGCCAUGUCGACUUCUACGCUAAUGGGGGCAUGACGCAGCCGGGAUGUGUAGACACUGACAACCAGACUAAAUCUGGGUGCGACCACGCGCGCGCGCCGGCCUACUUCGCGGAGUCCAUCACCAGCGACGUCGGCUUCUACGGCACCGGCUGCUACUCCUGGGUCACCUACAUGAUCGGCUGGUGCGAGGUCACCAGCUCUGAGGAAGAGGUGCUGUUUGGAGAGAACGUGCCUUACGGGGCGUCAGGUCUGUACUUCUUCCGCACCAACGCGGAGUCCCCGUACGCGCGCGGCUCCAACAAGCGCGCCAAGAGGAGCGCCGGGCCCGGCGACUACAGCGACAAGGUGAACCGACACAUCGACAAGAAGAAUUUCAUGCAACAAUGGCUGGAGUAUCUCGUUUAUUGAAUUAAAUGGACCUUGGCUGUUUAACUAUCA